AUGGCUGAAGUGGUAGGCGUCGUGGGUACGGCAGUGCAAUUAGGCGCACUUUGCCUUUCGAUCGCGGGCGGCAUACAAAGCAUCAGAAAAUCCACGCAAACACUGCAAAAUUACAACAAGGAACUGGAAGAAGUGGGAGAGCUGUCAAGGCGGAUAUCCGAGAAUCCCCUGUUGCAGACGCCCGAGAUCGAAAGGUACACUGCCUCGCUCCUGGCGCUGAUACAACGGACGGGCCUGGCAGCCAUACUCAGCAAACAGCGGCUGAUGCGCGCCUUCUUCCUUCUCCACAAGCAGCAGGAACUCGAUAACACCUUUACAGCCCUCGAGCGCCAGAAGGCGAACCUGUCGCUCACCAUCGACGACAUAACGUUGCGGACCGUGCAUCAAAUACACUUGAACGUUAGCAGGCUCAACGGUAACCCCGAGACCGAAGACGACACCGCCAUGUCCAGCACCCGAACUGAGAUCAUUCAGAGCGAGACUGGACGCGACCGCCUCCUUGAACAGUCGGCACCGCUGGAAGCAGGUGAGAACACCGCGGUGAUGCCGUAUUCGACUUCGUCUGACGCACGUGGAGAGGGCCGCAGGCUUUCUCUGCAGCAUAUGGACACGAGCAGUUCGCCGCAGGGGCUGGCGGUAUCUCGGCAGGGAGCUACAACUUCCAACUUCUUCCGCAGCUACGCCGGGCCGAAUGUCGACCAGCGGAACGGUGCCCAAGUCCAGGGUGCCGCCACAAUUCUGCCUCAUCUGAGGGACUCGACGCAGCACCGACAGGCUACCAAGGAAGGCCCGGGAGAGCAGCGCAAUGGCGGCACGUUCUUGCUCGAGGGCAGCCUCGCUGGCCCGAUAGACCUCGCGGUGCUUGCUGGCCAGCAUGUCAACGCCUCCGCCACAGCCAGGCCCAACACGAAUGCGAACUCCGGCACGAACUCGAAGCGGGAAGAAGCAGCGAGGGAGACGGUCCAGAACAAUGGCCCCAAGAUUUGUUUUGUGACGCCUCAGUAG